CCUCCGGUUUGUCUCUGUGAUGCUGCAACCUGGAGACAAGUCAUUUCUGCAGUGAGGCUGUGCAAACAUCAUGUGUUCCUGUGUGGAAAGCAGGGGAGACAGCCAGGAGCAACAGGACACGCUAUAUCCAGCCUCAGAGUCAAAACAGGAAUAAAUGGAAAACACAUUGAAGAGAGGAUUAUGUCCAUAUGGAGGAGGAUUGACAUCCAUUUCCAGACUGGGAAGAUGGAGUUAUACCAGCCAGUUUUCCUUUGGUAAUCCAUCUAAGAUGCCUGUGCAGAUUGAAAAUUGUCCAAGCACAUCCUCAUCCCUCAACUUUCCUUGGAAAUUAUCCUCAACCCUCACAUCAUACUGAGGGAUGGAAAACAUUGAGAGAUCUCUAAAGUCAACAAGAUCAGGGCAGGAGCCCAGAUUUCUCUCGUCUGAGCCACAGCUGCCCAAAAGUUUGAUUCAACAGGGUGUUGACCUGGAUCUCUCAGAACAGCUCACGGGGAGGAAAGACCCUCUGACACAAAACCACGUCACUGGAGAGGGAACUGUAAUGUCAGGGAGGGCAUCUGGAAGAUCAAAGUGGGAAUAAACCAAUCACUCCAACCCUAUUAUUUCCGGCCUUUUGAAGCACAGCUCAUGAGUCUUAACAAGGAAAGACUUUUUGUGUAAAAUUCAGUAAAUUAAAAAAAAAAACAAACAACAAACCCAGACCAAACACGCACAGGCCUGUGGGGGAAAAGCUAGAAUUGAAUUUCCGUAACACAGACCUUUCCCAGAAAAGCCGGCGCGGAUCAGCGUGAAAUGCAACACCGCACAUCUGCGAGGGAGUCUGCCCAGCUCCUCCCAGCCUUUUCCAUCUUCAUCAUUUGCCAUCCUUUGAAGCCUUCCACGAUGAUAAUUCACCAGCACAGCCCAGCUCUGCCCCAGAGGGAGCUCUGGGACACUGGGGCUGCCUGGAGUCAGGAGGAAGACACAGAGGAAACCUUGGCCGUGAUUGACAGUGGGGCUGUUUCUGCCGCUUCCCUCGCUGUUGUCAAGUAAUAAUGAAGCUUUGUCAGUCCAUCAUGGACAUGGAUAUGCCAGAUUAUGUCGACUCCUUGGACUCCUCUUAUACCAUGCUGGAAUUCGACAACCUUCGCGUGCUCCCCAAUAACACCGAGGCCAUCGCGGCCGAGUCAGCAAACACCAACCUGCUCCCCAACGGCGUCAACUCCCUGUGCUCCAUCUGCGGGGACCGGGCCACCGGCAAGCACUACGGGGCCUCCAGCUGUGACGGCUGCAAAGGCUUCUUCAGGAGGAGCGUCCGCAAGAACCACGUCUACUCCUGCAGGUUCAACCGACAGUGUGUGAUAGACAAAGACAAGAGGAACCAGUGCAGGUACUGCAGGCUGAAGAAGUGCUUCAGAGCUGGCAUGAAGAAAGAAGCCGUGCAGAACGAGCGUGACAGGAUCAGCAUCCGCAGGAGCAGCUAUGAGGACAAUGGCUCUCUCUCCAUCAACAUCCUCACUCAGGCUGAGGCCAUGGCACAGCAGUAUUUACCCCUGAGCCCCGUGCACAGCACAGACAUUGCCAUGAAGAAGAUUGCCACCAUCAACGACGUGUGUGAAUCCAUGAAACAGCAGCUCCUGGUGCUGGUGGAAUGGGCAAAAUACAUCCCAGCCUUUUGUGAGCUCCCCCUGGACGACCAGGUUGCCUUGCUCAGAGCCCACGCAGGGGAACAUCUGCUCCUCGGGGUAGCCAAGAGGUCCAUACCAUACACUGAUUUCCUGCUAUUAGGGAAUGAUUUCAUCAUCCCAAUGCACUGCCCAGAGCUGGAAAUCGCUCGUGUGGCCACCAGGAUCUUGGAUGAGUUGGUGAAGCCCUUGCGGGACAUCCAGAUCGAUGACAACGAGUACGCCUGCCUUAAAGCCAUCAUCUUCUUUGACCCAGACUGCAAAGGCCUGAGUGAGCCCGGCAAGGUGAAGAACAUGCGCUUCCAGGUGCAGGUGAACCUGGAGGAUUACAUCAACGACCGCCAGUACGACUCGCGGGGCCGCUUCAGCGACAUCCUGCUGCUGCUGCCGCCCCUGCAGAGCAUCACCUGGCAGAUGAUCGAGCAGGUGCAGUUUGUGAAGCUCUUUGGUGUGGCCAGGAUCGACAGCUUGCUGCAGGAGAUGCUGCUGGGAGGAACCGCUGCUGAUCUCCAGUACCAGUCAGCACCUCCCAGCCUCAACCUGGAACCGCUGCCAGGGCACGUCCUGCAAAGCAACAUGACCUCUGUGAUCCACGCUGCUCCAGACCCAUCUCCUGAGACAUCCCUUCCAUCUCCUUCUGCCAGCACAGGCAGUGAAGACUAUAAGCUAGGCUCUAGCGCAGGGCCCAGCACUGUAGUGCAGCUCCUGCCUCAGACAGUGAUCCCCAAGCAGGAGAUUUUAUAGGGAGAGGAGGAAGGAGAAGCUGGGAGCACUGUGGGAAGAGUGCUGACAGUGAAACGGGCCCUUUCUCUUUGCAGAGGCCAAGCACAGCACGCCCCUGCCUGCACCUGGAGCCGCCGCUCCCACCCUUCCCCGCCCGUGAGCCCAGCGCCAGCCUGCAGAGAGCCUCACCACGGAAUUCCCACCAGCAGCACCCCCAUGGCACAAGGAUUGGGGUUUGUGCCCUCCUCGGCAGGGCCAGGACUGCCAGCCCCUCGGGGCAGGGUUCUGGGGGUGUUUGUGAGCAUCGCUCGGUGUCACCGUCACCCUCCCCGAGCCCUCGGCCGCUGUCUCCAUCCAUCCCAGCGCCUUGCACAGCUCCUGGGGACCCUUCAUGCACACAGCAUGGCCUGAAUUGGGAUGAAAAGGUCUAUUCCCAUCACAAAUGUAAUUAAUUACACUCCCGUUUCUCCUGUUGAGCUUUAGGAAAAAUAUCAUCAUAAUCCUUAGAAAGCCUUAUUCCACCCAGAGGGGCCUUGUCCCAAUAGUGCAGCCAACAUUUAAUGUGGUCCAGUUCUUUUUUAUGAACAGAAAUGCCAACGUUUUGCUGUUUUCCAUAAUUUCCAGUAUAUCCAGAGUCCAUCUGUGAGCCAGUGGAUGGACUCUACCUUAAGAACACAUCUAACACCAGACAGCAGCAAAGAGCUCUGCCUCUCACCGUGCCUGCUGCUCUGGUGAGCCCCCAAAUCAAGGCCAGCUUAUCCCAACUCCUGCUUUCUAUCUUCUGGAAAAUUUCACUGCAAACAUUUUUGGAAGAAGCAAGUGCCCCCACAUACCUUUUGCCAGUCCACAGAUGUGAUUUUUCUGUAGUUUUGUAUUUCUCUGCAAUGUCUGCUGUGUGGCUGUAAAUCAGCCAAGAAAAGGAACAGGCAGGUCUGUGAGCCACUUUUUAUGAAAAGGGUUCGUAUUUAAAACAAGCUGCUUCUGCCUUAAUGUAAAAUGUAAUCAGCAGUUAAGCAACAAAUUAAAUAAGCCCAGUGGUGACUACACAGCCUCAAGAGUUGCCAAAGUGCUGUAGUUGUGCUACGGAGUUGAUCUGAAUGAAUGGGACUUUAUUAAAAAAGCAAAUUAUCAGAUUUCCACAAAAGUUAAGCUCAUCUGUGCACCAACCUCUGAGGGACCAGGAGUGGCUGUCCUGAGCACUGGGACACGAUGGAGAAUUCCUAAUUCUGACCCUCUGCACAAAUUCCCAAGCCAGGAUGGCAAACCUGAGCUGGUGGAGCCCAGGGGGGCUCUGGGGAGCUGCUGGAGAUGCUCAGCUGGAGGAAACACAAUCCCAGCACAAGAAAGGGAACUUGGGAAGAGCAUCCGAGCUUCCAGCAGCAGGGGAAUUUCAGCAUCCCCCUUCUGCAGCACCAGAGAGAGCUGAAAGCCAGCAGAGAGCAGCUCCAAUUUCACCUGGAUCAGAAUGUUUUAUUUUUCUCCUGCCUCUGACGAAUUUGAUCUGACAUUUUAUGCUGAUAUCCCUGAUUUGAAACAGCUCUAUCUGGAAAACAGGUUCCACUGCAGGCAUUCCUGCUGCAUGACAGAUGCAACUGUUCUGAGCCAGCAUUGCUUCCAGUGCCUCCAGCAGCUCCCUUCCAUUCCUCUUCCAGACAUAAAAUGUACAUUAAUAGUCAUUAAUGGUAAGAAAAUAAAUCUAUAGGGGAAAUAAAUUCCAUAUUCUCAUAUUUCAUCUGGACAGUUUGCCUUUUUACUUGAAUUCAAAACCAAGUUUCCAAGGUUCUCCACUGAUUUCUCCAAUACAGAUAUCUAUUUUUCAUUAAAAAGAAUCACUCUGGCUGCAAUGCCUGGCUUCUGCUGGAUACUGAUGGAAUUCACAAACUAAGAAGAAAAUAAAGUUGCACCAGUGGAUCUCAGCCCCCAGUGUUCAGCUGGUCUGGUGAAGGUUUGCAGGAAGAAUCAUUUACUGUAUAAAAGCUCAAAAUAGAGAGUUUUGGUGUGAAUUUUUCUGGCUUCCCUAGCUCAAACCCCACUCUGCAUUAAUCCACUAUUUUAUGCAAACAUACCUU